GGUCGACGGUCGGCAGCAGCUCAAUGAGGCAGGUCUUGGUGCUUGGGAACGGCGCCGCCGGCGCAGAGAAGCAAGCGCUCGCUCUCGCCGCCAAGCUGCAAGCGGCGAUCCGAAGCCUCGAUGCGACGCAGCGCGUUGCCCUCACCAUGGCGCGCGUGCCGUACACAAAAGCCUUUGUCCGAGUCCCACCGGCAGCCCACGUCGCCGCCGCCAGCUUGUUCCAGCGCCAUGGCCUGGGCUACGCGCCGCCACUACCAACGCAGCACGUGCCCGACAUGGUUGUAGGCUGUGGCCGCUCGACGGUUGCGCUCUGCGCCGGCCUCAAGCGCGCGCACCCGUCGCUCUUCAACAUUCAGAUCCAACACCCGCGCAUCGACUUGGCGCACUUUGAUGCUGUGCUCGCACCGCAGCACGACUUUGACGCUGGCGCCAUCUUGCCGUCGCAUGUCUACGCGACACCAGGCACCAUCACCGACAUUGAUCCCGACGUCCUCGAUGCGUGGGAGGGUACCGAGCCGUGGACGCAGUGGCCAGGCCCUGCUGUUGCGCUGCUCGUCGGGGGCUCGUGCCGUGGCUACACUCUCACAAUCGAUCGCGCCAAGGCUCUCGUCGCGCAGCUGCAGGCGCAGUGGUCGCCAACCACUUCUCUCUUUGCGACCUUUUCGAGACGCACACCGUCGUCGGUCCAAGCGUAUUUGCACGAGGCGCUGCCACUGGCGUUUCCCCGGCUCGUUCUCUACGACAGCAAGGGCGAGAACCCGUACGUAGGCUUUUUGAAACACGCCACCUAUAUCGUGACGACGCCCGACUCAGUGUCCAUGACGACCGAGGCACUCUGCACGCAGAAGCCCGUCUUUGUAUUUGACGCAGACCGGUGCACGCUUGUGGCGCUCGACCUUCCGGGCCACGGCCGCAUGAGCGCAGACGUCGUUGGCAGCUACUACUACAUUGACACUGCGGCCAUCACGGACGUCGUUGCGACGGCGCUGACGCUGCUGCCACCUGCUCGAUUUCUUCUCGCGGGACACUCGAAGAGCGCCCACUACGCGCUGCACGUCGUCGCGCAAAGCGAUGCAGUCGCCGGCCUCGCCCUCUUGAACCCGAUGGAUCUGCGCGUCCAGAGCUGCAACCAGCCGACAUUCGAGUUUUGGUUUGGCGUCGUCAACAAGAUGCCCUCGAUCUCUGAGAUGGCGUUUGCCAAAUUUCCCGUGCUGGUGGCGCUCAUGGCCGACGACAAGGUAAUUGAAGUUGAGAUUGGCCACGAGCUCGCAGCGGCGCUUGGCGCGACGCACGUCACAACCUUCGAAAAGGACGGCCUUACCAUCGCCAAGACCCAAGUCGAUGGGGUCGCCGCAGCCCUAAACGCGUGGGCCAGUAUCAUCGCCGAGACGGACUCGCCAGAUUCAGCCAUUGUCGACGCGUGA